AUGGGUGAUACGAGCAAACGACCCUGGAAAAACAAAGGCCGAAAGAAAGCCGACCGCAUCGGCACCGCUGCUGCCGCAGCAGACAAAAUGGACCAGAACGCCAGCCACAGCAACUCCAACUUCAGCGAAAGGACUGACGACCAAGGACAGCUCAUUUUCAAGCACUGUGACAGUCUCUUCAACGGAACACUUAGCACACGCUCCGGCAGUCUCCCUUUCAACUCUUCGCUGCCUUCAAAGGGUGACCGUAUAAGUGGCUUCAGUACUGACCCGGAGGAUGAACGGAAGCAUGCGGAGGAUUAUUAUGAUAACUGGGGCAGAUCCGCCCUCUCCCAACUCCUUGUCCAGGUCAAUGAGAAGCUAGCUGACAAGGACACCAUCAGUGGUGGUGAACAGGAGAUUGAGCUGUCGCCACGGUCCGCCUGCGCCCUCUUCUAUGAGUACUCUAGUAUGGAGGAGCAGGCUAGGCAACAACUGCCCGUUCUCUCGGCCUUCCUCAGCCGCGCCCUAGAAGCAAGCCGAGCCAACAACAAUAUCGCCUCUAUGCUCUGUCUGAAGACCACCCACCAGGAACUCUGUCAGCUCGAGAGCGAACUGUUUGCCCACUUUUCCCGUGCUGACUUCGAUGCUGCCUCGCCAAUCAAUCUGCGCAGCUGCAUCCUCUCAAAACACCUACAUCCCACCUAUGUGCGCAUGUUGGUACUGAAUCUGCGUAACCUCCUCGCGCAUCCUGCC